UUCUUUCCAUGUUUAUGUCUGAAUUCUAGGAUUUAUCUGACAAACAUCUUCAACCUUCAAGAUCAUCAUCAUCUAGUGUAUAUUUAGAACCAGGUUUUCCAACUCUCUUUUAGUAGUUGCUCAACUAGUCGAGAAAACUCUGUUCAAGUUGUUUAAUAACCCUUUACAUGUUCUCUUUCUUUACAACUUUCCACUGAUUUUAAGCUUGUUAUUCAAAUGAAAUCAGUGUUUUGAUGGCUCAUAUAUGCAAAAGGGUAGUUGGAAAUUGGAUAAGUAGCCUCAUUGCAUGACCAUUGAUGAACUAAACAACUAUCUCCAACUUUGCUUGUGUUAUAGUUUCUUUAUUCUUGAGACCUUUUUGCAAGUUGUCGAACAUAGUUUCAAGUGUUAACAUCAGGUAGAAUGGAUUCAUUCAAUCAGAGUCAUCAAGGUACAAGUUUUAGGUACAAUCCAAAUUCCAGCACAAUGAAUCAUGCAGAUGAUGAUGCUGAGUUCUCAGGGAUUCUUGAUAUCUAUGUUCAUCAUGCUAAGAAUAUUCAUAACAUUUGCAUCUAUGAUAAUCAGGAUGUGUAUGCUAAGUUCUCUCUUACAUACAAUCCUGAUGAGACUCUCUCCACCAGAAUCAUCAAUGGAGGUGGAAAAAAUCCAAUAUUUAACGAAAACUUGAGGAUGAAGAUAACCCAGAUGGAUGCUGUUCUAAAGUGUGAGAUUUGGAUGUUUAGCAGGUCAAGAAAUCACUUGGAAGACCAGCUUUUGGGAUUUGCUUUGGUCCAAACUUCACAAGUUGUUGGCAAAGGAAAGCUGACUGAAGAUUAUAGCCUUUCCUCCACUGAUCUCUUCCAUUCUCCUGCUGGAACUGUCCAAUUAACUCUUUCUUUGGACACAUCUUUUCCAAUUAGUUCCACUGUGAGUCCUAUAUCCACAUCAACUACUAUUAACUCAUCUAUAUCUUCAGAAGUUGUUUUGCUUGAUCCAAAAAAUUCACAAGUUAUGUUAGAUCCAGUUGAGUAUUCUAGAGUUGAAUUUCCUGAUAUUAAUGUGAUGAAGGAGAACCAGAAAAUGGUUUCUGAGUACUUCAAUUUGGAGUCUUAUGGUUCUUCUGCUUUAAGGCCUAAUUCAGUAGCAUUGCUACCAUUUCUUCACCUUGGUGUUUCUCCUCAUGGUGAUGAUUGUGAAAUGACUAUGACUUCACCAGAUGAGAAUCAUGAGUCCACUUCUCCAAAUGAGAGCAUUCAUAAUUCUGUGUUUCCAAGCUCUACCACUACAACCUUAAGUGAUGAUAGAAACUCAUCUGAUUCGGUUGAGAAAAAGGGUAACUUGGGUGGUGACUCAUCGAAUUCUUUCAAUGUUUCAAUCACAGUUGAAAGCAAUCAGAACAAUGGUGCUUCUCCAGAUACCCCUACUUCCAAGAAAGAAAGUGAACCCAGAGAUGAGAAGGAGUCAAAUUUCUCAUCAAGCAAGGAAAAGAAGAUCAAUAGUGAGAUAGAAGCUGCAAAAGUUAGUCAAGUUUUUUCUGCUCCACUAGGGAACAUGAAUAUGGAGGCUGAACAAUCAGCUAUGCAGCAGCAAAUAGUUGACAUGUAUAUGAGAAGCAUGCAACAAUUCACCGAGUCUUUGGCAAAAAUGAAGCUCCCAAUGGACCUUGACAAACCUGAGAGUGAAGGUCAUGGUGAUGUGAUUCAAAAUAAUAACAAUAGCAAGUUGGAAAUUGAUAACAAGAAAAAGGAUGGAUCACGUGUGUUUUAUGGUAGCCGUGCAUUCUUCUAGUUACCUCUUGAUGCAUCAGCACAUGACAAUAGUUUUGAUGUAUGAAGACAUGAUGAGAGUUUAGUUUAUUGUAACAUGUGGUAACUCAGUUUAUUUGGUGAUGUUUAUGAUAGAUUUUAGUUAAUCAUGUGUUGUUUAACCUCCCCUUUUGUUGAUGGAAACAAUCGUCCAUUUUAAUGCACCAUU